AAUGGAAUUAAAAUGAAAAUCAAGUCAACAAUUGAAUUACGCUCCACAGGACGGAUGGCAAAGGAAUUAGUUAUAGACACGUUGGUACUCUCUCUGAUGGAAUGUGCUCGAUAUUCGCAGAAAAUAAUAUAAUAUGUUUGUAUAGAGAGCCAGCCUAUUAUUCAUUUCCAGCUACUUUCAAUUUUAUACUGGCCCAAGCAUUUACUUUCAAAUUGAAAUAUUUUGUCCAGAAAUGACAAGCCGACAUUAUAAUAGCACAGGAUGUUUAAUGCCACUCGUUGCUGCGGCUGCUGGUCAUUACUCAUAGGAUGCUAUUUGAUUGCAUUUAUUACGUUCGUCUAUAGUGUCUUGAGUAUUCAAUUUGUUUUGAUAUUUCACACCGAUCAAUAUAGUGGCGAUAGAAAAGGAACUAGAGGCGAUUACAAUUCAUUCAUAUGUUUUGUGGUUCCUGAAGUCAUCUUAUUUUUGGCAUCCUGCUCCUUAGUCCUUUAUGGCUUGUUUUUUGUACUAUUUAAGCGCAAGAAGUUUUUAGUCUUCAUAUAUGUCGGCCUCGUUGGUCCCCAUAUCGUCUACUUCAUAUUGAUGUUCCUUAUAACUACAGCGAUCGGUAUAAAUAUGAUUAUAAACAGGGCCGGCGAUAACGUUCACAUCUUUUGGCCUUUUUGUCUAUUCCGAUUCGGAACUACAGUAUAUUUUUUAUAUGUCGUCAUCUCCUUCUAUAAACAAAAUGAUGCAUAUUAUGGGGAUGAUGUGAUAUAAAAUGCCUUGUAUUAUUGAGCGAAGUCAAGCAUCUAUCAAAAUUAUUGUUUUUCAAUUUUUCAUAAUUCUAAAUUCUAAGCUAAUCAAAUAAAACCUCGAAUUUGUCUGCA